UGCGUUGCUGCAUGUCUGCAAAUGUUUCUGGGCGAGCCUUUCGGAACACAUUUCGCCCAUGGCUGCCAGGAUUUGCUUUGGAGAUCACUGUCAUCCAUCCCUAAAACAGUUUAUUGAUGACUUCUGAGAUAUGAAAGGACAUCUGAAUAAUCAGAUUCAUAUCGGCAAUGGGUUGCCAGGUUUAUGCGGCUUUUUUUUUACUGGCGAAACGAAGGAAAUUUCUUGCUUACAUAAAAGCAAUGGUGCGAGGUGUUAUUAUUAUUUUUUUUUUUUGUGUGUAUUUUUUUAACCGCUAGCGAUGCCGUCCAAUCCAAGCUGGGGCUCCGCAAGUCAUUGUCCAUAAAAGUGUUGCUGAUGAUCGUGUGCAAAUGUUUAUUUUACACCCAAUCCUGUCAUCGAGUCUGUAUUUUGCAAACCCACGCGAGCCACGUGCACGUUAAUAAUCACAAAUCUUGCUUCGCUUCAGUGUUUUAUGAAUAUAUAUACUCAUAUUUGAGGUUUUUUUUUUUUUUUUAGUUUUUUGUGUGUGUGCACGGACUGAAGCCUCGCCCCCAAAAGUUUGACGCCGUGCAGUAAACGAGUACCUCGAUUGGUUUUGCUUUUAUAUAAUAUGAUUUAAGAAGGAAGGGGGCUACGUAAGCCAGUCCGCCGAGGUUCUGCUGGUGCCAGUGCCAUGCUUUCCAUUGGUUCCUGUUUACAUGAUGCCCACAGGACCCGCGCUGAUUGGUGGCCGCGCUCACGUGACCACACAACUUUGUACAUUUGACAGCGAGUAGGAGGGUUUUGUGGAGAUCAGAAAAACGACAGCGCGAUAAAAAUUAGUAUUGUUGCACUUCACAAAUUAAUGACCAUGAGUUCCUACUUGAUAAACUCCAACUAUAUCGAGCCGUCCUUUCCUCCAUGCGACGAAUACCAGCAGGGCGGAUACAUCCCCAACCCGGGGGACUACUACGAGCGGCCAAAAGACACGGGCUUCCCCCAUCACGAAGAGCCGUCCUACCCCAGGUCCAACUACACGGAACCGGGCUACGAUUACACGAACGUCGCCGCGGCCCCCGGACUGGACGAUUUCAGCGACGGCCACCACUCCGCCCCGCAGCCGCAAACGCUUCCUCAGAACCACGGACCGCGCCUCGCCUCGGCCCCGGACGGCAUUAAGGACUGCAGCCUCGCCGCCGAGGUCUACCCGGGCGUGGUGAAAGGCAAAGAGCCGGUGGUCUACCCCUGGAUGAAGAAGGUCCACGUUAGCACCGUCAAUGCCAGUUACGCCGGAGGAGUGCCCAAGAGGUCCCGCACUGCCUACACCCGCCAGCAGGCUCUGGAGCUGGAAAAGGAGUUCCACUUCAACCGCUACCUGACGCGGCGCAGGCGCGUGGAGAUCGCGCACACCAUGUGCCUGUCCGAGCGUCAGGUGAAGAUCUGGUUUCAGAACCGCCGGAUGAAGUGGAAGAAGGAGCACAAGCUGCCAAACACCAAGAUCCGUUCCAACUCGGCCACGUCGUCCUCGUCGUCCUCGUCCUCGUCGUCGUCUUCCGGGCCCCAACAGCAGCAGAUGAAAGCCGGCCAGCAGCUUGUCCCCACGCCGUGCACUGUGGGUCUAUAGUGCACGGCCCGCCCCGCAGUGCAAAAAUAAAAGGAGGAAACAACAACAACAACAACCCAAACUAGACUGAGACGGCAAAGAACACAAAAGUGGGGAAAAAAAAGAAGGACCGAGUGAAAAUUUUGGUGUUAUUUGCCCUUUGUGCCCUUCCAUUCUGCGGUCGUCUUUCGCGUCGUCACAUAAGCUUGAAUUCCUUUUUUUGGGGGGUGUUUUGGUUUGUUUUAUUUUUUAAAUCCCACAACGGCGACUGAAGGGUUAAUAGAGUUGCGUUUUUAUUUUUAUUUUUUUUUUACGAAUGAAGGAUAACGCACAGUCACAUGGAUCAAAACAAAGUGUUGCAUUUCAAUAAGAAAUGGCCAAAUGGGUGAGGUACACGCUUGAAUCCGUCCCUGUUGGACUUGUUUUGAAUUAUUAUUAUCCACGGAGAAUUCUAAUAUACUUGAAAACUAUGAUUUAUAAGCAGAUUUUUUUUAAGUUUAGGUCUACUGCAGUCCCGGUGUGUGUUCGAGUGCUGAAUGUAUAUCCAGGUGACGUGACCACAUUGUAAUGUACAUAAUCAAAUCAUAAACGAAGGCACAACGAGGAAUGCAUUUCUACAGGUAUAGAAACAUUAUUAUUAUUUCUUUUUUUUUUUUUGGCUUGUCAGUUGCGUGUCGUGAGGUCUUCUGAAAUAGUUUGAUUCGUGCGCGUCUGUUGUCGUGUUGUUCUAAACUGUGAAUAGACAUCCGUUUUUUGCUGUGGUCUCACUAGUGACCCCUGUGCUGUGUUGGCUAUAGUGUAGACUGAAUAUGUCCUUGUGUAAUA